AUGAUGCCAGACUGGCUUGCGUGUGAUUCCGACGCCAUUCCUGCCCUGCCAUACGUUGCCGGUGAAGGCUUCAAGCUUUGCUUGCUAGCAUCAAGCAAAAUCUCGCAUGCAUGUGCGGUUUCUUGUCCGUGCUCAGGUGCCCCGGCCGAGGCCAUGGAAGCGGAGUAUGGGGUGUGUCGUGCGAUGCCAGCGCAGUGUGCCAGACCCGCCCCAAGAUGGUCCCCAGCCACGACUGAGAUGCCGGAUACCCCCCUUUGGCAGCCUCCAGGACCCCAGUGGACAGCAGCACAGACCGCUGUCGCAAAGGCUGAAGUACACAAAGUGGGAAAGGGAGCUUAA